ACCCAUUCCUCCUCGCCCCCCUCCCUCCUCACCCCCCUCCCUCCUCGCCGCCCUUGAGCACACGCACACGCACACGCAUACGCCACCCAACCGCAUCCGCACCUCCACCCACCCAUCCACGCGCCUGGCCCUCUCUGCCUGGCCGUCUGCCCAUCUCUCCUGUCUACUCCCUCGCACUCUGGCCACGCAGCGAGCAAUGAGCGCACUGUCCCUCACAUUCCCCUCGACCGGCGAUGCCGGCGAUGAUCGGCGAGAGGGAGCUCGGCCUCCCGCCCCGGGGAAAGGCAACUUCCAGAUCACCUCAUCCAUGUCUGAUGUGACAAACUUCAACUUCGGGGUGGCCCCUUCCACAGGGAGGCCCGGGGCAUCGGACAGCAAGGCGGAUGCGCCCGGCUCGGUGGCCCCUGCCCCCUUUGGCUUCCCCUUUGUCGGGGCCCCGGCGUCCAAGCCGGCGGCCAGUGACAAGACCACCGGCGCCCCGGGGUUCAAGCUGCCCGGAGCCACCCCGGCAAGCGCCGGCACCCCCUUCGGCCAGAUGCAGGCCCCCUUCGGCCAGCAGCAGAAGUUCCUCUUCGGGCAGAACCCCUUCUCGACGGCGGCAGCUUCCGGCGGCGUCCCGGCCAACGAGCAGGCAGCCAGCGCGACGGCCAAGCCCAAAGCUCGGGGGCCCCUGCCGGAGGCCACUGCCACUGUGGCUCACGAAAGUGCACCGCCCGUCCGGGCAGACAGCCACUCGGACCUGCCCCGGGAGAACUCCCCCUCUGGGCCGGUCAACUUGCCCCUGACCACAGGGGACAACACGCCGGCCAUUUGCUCUACCAUCCAGACGGUUCCGACCACCGAGUCCAAGCUCCCAGGCUCCGGGUCACCCUUCCAUUUCCCUGCCCCGGGCGCUGCCGCUGCCGCUGGGUUUGGUGGCUUCGGCGGCUUCGGCGCCGUGAAGUCGGUGAGCAGUGGUGCCACCACCACCUUCGGCACUGCUGGUCCCACGGCCACCACCGCCAGUGGUUUUAGCCCGGCCACCAGUACUCCCUCGGAGGCAGCGCCCUCUCCCUUCGGCAAUCCCGCCACCGCAAAUCCUCCCUUUGGCGCCCCUAAGUCUGGCACUGGUGCUGGCGACUCUGCGUCCAGCGGCUUCGGCUCCGGCGGCUUCGGCUUCACCGGCUCCGCUGGCUCCGGCGGCUUCGGCUUCACCGGCUCGGCUGGCUCCGGCGGUUUCGGCUUCACCGGCUCCGGCUCGGCUGGCUUCGGCUCGGCUGGCUUCGGCUCGGCUGGCUCCGGCUCCAGUGGUUCUGGCCUCACUGGCGCCACCGCCACCGCCACCGCCACCACCACCACCACCACCACCACCACCACCACGUUGCCCAGCCAGUCGGCUGAUCCGUCCCUGGAACAGGCUCCGAGCCCGGCCCCCGCCCUGGCCCCGGCUCAGGACCACGGCCUCCCGGGCGAUGGCCUCUCGCUGUCGCAGCUGUCCUCCAGCAAGUCCGACAUCUCGACAGACCGUACUCCCGGGAGCACCUCGCUCGAGUGCACCAGCUCCGUGGUCAGCAUGACGGUGGAGGUGGUCGAGGCAAAGCCCCCUGCCGGCCGAAUGGAGCGUGCCCUGCAGGCUGCCAUGCCGGGUGACUCGGCUGCCACGCCUGCCGAUCUGGCUGAGGAUUACCCCGCUCUCCAGGCGCGUGUGGUUGCCUCGUUGGCCGCCGGGAAGUCUCUCCAGGAUGAGGUCACCCAUUGUCACGCGUCUCUGGAGCGCAUCUGGCAGACGUUGCACACCCUGGCCGGGUCGCAGGGCGCCCCGGGGGAGGCCUCAGCCGCGCGGGCUUUCCUGCCGGAGCAGAGCGCCUCGCUGCAGGGGCUCCUGGCCAAGGCCAAAAGCCUGGCCACCGACUUGGACCUGACCGAGGCCCGGCUGUAUGAGAGCAACUCCAGCCGGGUGCAGACGGUCCUCGGGGACAUCAAUGCUGCCGAGCGCCGAGCCGAGGAGGCCGAGGCGCGCGUCGCCGCGCUGGAGGACCGCCUUCGGCAGGUGGCCCGGCAGGCCUCGGAGCAGGUCGGCUCCUCGGCCGCGGUCAGCAAGAGGAACCCGAAGACUCGGUCUUCGGUGCUCAAGCAGGCCCUGCGCAUGUCGCUGGUCUUCCUGGUCAUUGUCCAGUUCUUCUACAUCGUCGUCUUGCGUGACCUCCUGUCGUAUUGCCAUGAGUCGCUUGACGAGCUGCAGUACGGGUAUUUCUCGAGGAUGCCCAUGCUCAACAUGUUCCUCUCGAGCGACAGCACGCUCCCGUGA